AUGACGGCAUCAAUCUCUACACCCAGCGCCACCAAAGCCCAAGCCAUCGACAUACAAGACCCCAAUGAUGAUGGCUAUCCGCAUGGCACCCGUCUGACUGCUAUCGUUCUCUCACUUAUGCUGGGCAUGUUUCUGGUGGCGCUUGAUAACACCAUUCUUGGAACUGCUAUCCCUAAGAUCACCGAUGAGUUCCAUGACCUGAACAAGGUUUCGUGGUAUGGAGCGGUAUACUUCAUGACCUUUGGCGGUGGGUUCCAAUCGACUUGGGGAAAGGUCUAUAAGUUCUUUCCCAUCAAACUUUGGUUCCUCGUCGGCUUGUUCAUUUUCGAGCUGGGAAGCCUCCUUUGUGGAGUCGCUCCAGAUCCCACAACUCUGAUAAUUGGCCGGGCAAUUGCAGGCUUGGGCGGAGCUGGGGUGACCGUGGGGGUCUUUACCAUACUUGGAUUCGCCGCCCCUCCCGAAAAGCGUCCGCAGUUGUUAGGGUAUACCGGCGCCACAUACGGGAUCGCUGCGGUUUUCGGUCCGCUUAUCGGGGGUGCCUUUACCGAUAAAUGCUUCUACGUUAACCUACCCAUUGGGGGGUUUGCGGCGGUGAUUAUCCUCGUAUUCUUCCAGGCCCCGGCCAACGCCAUGCCGGUGCGAGCCACUCUACGAGAAAAGUUGUUGCACAUGGACUUUGUUGGUGCCGCUCUGAUGAUGGGAUUGAUUAUCUCAUAUAUCUUAGCACUGCAGUAUGGUGGUCAAACACACUCUUGGAACAGCAGCGUCGUAAUUGGCUUACUAGUUGGUUUCGUCCUAAUGCUUGGGGUCUUUAUCACAUGGGAGAUCUACCAAAAGGAGCAUGCAAUGAUAGUUCCGCGAUUGUUUAUGAAACGUUACAUCUCUGUCGGCUCCGCGUACAUGUUUUUCUUCGGUGGCGCGUAUUUCACAAUCUUGUACUAUCUCCCCAUCUACUUUCAAAGUGUCUACAACAGCAGUCCCAUCGGAUCCGGGGUCAAGAUGCUUGCCCUCAUUAUUCCCUUGACGAUUGCGGCCGUUGUCCAAGGGGUUGCACUAUCCAAGAUCGGCAUCGUGCCUUUAUUCUGGGUGAUUGGCGGCGCGAUAGGAACCAUAGGGUGCGGACUGUUCUAUACAAUGGACACUCACACUUCAACUGGCAAGUGGAUUGGGUAUCAGAUCCUGGUGGGAUUCCCCAUUGGUUGGACAUUUCAAGUCGCUCUUUCCAACGCACAGGUUCAUGCAACACCCGAGGACAUGUCGCAAGUGGCAUCCAUUGUGAAUUUUUUCGUGACUGUGGGCGGGUCUUUCUUCCUCUCGGCCGCACAAUCCGCUUUCAACAAUCAGCUGCUCCAAGAGAUGGCCCGCAGACUGCCCGAUCUGGAUCCAUCCAUGGUUCUGGGCGUUGGGGCGACGCAGAUUCGCCAAGCAUAUACCCCUUCGCAAGUACCCGUCGUGAUUGAUGCGUAUGUGGUCGGCUUGAAGGCGGUCUUCGCCAUCACCGUGGCUGCAUUUGGCGUCAGCACAAUCGUUGGUUUCUUUGGGAGCUGGAAGAGACUUCAUGCAGAUAGCUUGAAAAAGGCUGCCGGGGGGGCAGCAUGAGCCUCAUUAGGGGGUUAGUUGUUUGACACGGUGGACUUCAUCUUUCU